AUGGAGACUCAAUUGCCUGACCUGCCAGUUGCACGGAUCUUCUCCUUCCUGGACCCGUUCAGCUUGCUGCAGGUUUCCCAAGUGAACAAGUGUUGGAAUAGGAUUGCAGGCAGUGACCACCUGUGGAGAACACUGUAUCUGAAGAGAUGGGGCGUGUGCAACCUCACGUCUGAGAAGCUGGGCACGCAGACGUGGAAGCAGUUGUUCCUCCACCAAACAAAGGCAGAGCGUCAGAUGGCACUGGCACGACCAGAUGACUUUAUCUGCAGAGCAGUAACUGCGGACCUUGAAAUCUUUGAAGAGGUGGCUUAUCUCUCACGAAAUGACUUCACAGUGGAUGGACAAAAGAGGUCAAUUGUUUGUGUUGUGUCUUCGAAGUGCAUGUUUUAUACCUUGGAUGUGCAAGAGGGCGUCGUGCUGUGGUCGAGCCCAGCCCAGUGGUCCAGAAUCGAGUAUCUGGCAACAAUCCCUCAGAUGAAUCUCGCAAUCACUCUGGAUACCAAGGGGACUAUCAAAGUGUGGAAUUGUCAGGACAGGGAGGCUCUGGCUGUGUUUGCCAUGCCGCGGGCCUGUUCUUCCAUGGAAGCUUUUCUUUCAAAGGAUGGGCCAUUCCUAAUGGUUGGCGAUUCUGGAGGGGACAUCUACGCGUUUGCAUUGCCUGGGUUAAAGAAUAUUUCAAAAGUCAAUGCAUUUCAACAUAGUGUUAAUCUUCUACAUUGCUCUCCUGACAAGAAAUGGGUCUUUGCGUGUGGGAUACAUGAACACAUCUUGCCAAAGGUAUUUCUCGCAGAGAGCUUACUGAAGCCGUCGGAGGACAGCGUCCCCCUGUCUCUGGAGCUCCCGUGCACGUCGUGCUGCAGCGCCUGCUGGACCCCAAGGGCGGAAAGCAGGAUCACACUGAUGUUCCAGAGAGGCGCUGACAAGGCGAUGGGGUUCACCACCUUCGAUCUAGCAACCAAGAGCACUGAGGGCCACACGGUCAUCCGAGCGCAUCAGGUCGCAAAUUUCCAGCUGGCAGUUGGCGUGAGGAGUCCUCUGCAGAUGGCAGCCGCGGCUGAAGGCCUGAUCGUCUGCACGAGUGGGCUGUACCUGUUCCUCUUCACCAUCGACGGCCUCCAGCUGCAACAGCUGCAGCACCACCAGACGCUCAUCGUCAACCUGUGGGUGGAUUCGCUCCAUGUCCUCACUGCAUCCAUGGACGACUCUUUGCACGUGUACAUGUGGGAGGAGAAAGGCGGCUGUCCCUACCUCAAGAGCUGCUAUCACCUGGGACGCGGGCAGUAUUGUGAGCCGUGGCCGAUGCGGUAUAUCUGCAAGGCAAUAUGUGAUAAUGUGAGCAUAGUACACAUGGUGUCAAACUAUGCUAAAUUCAGCAAUGUGGUGAUGUAUUCUUUGCAUAUGUAAAAUGGAAACUAAUGGAAUUAACCUUGCAUCAUCUUCCUCAAUGUAGUAAAGAUAAUUGUGUUUGCAAGCCCAGAAUAUUUAUUUUAGUGACAUUAAGAAGUAUUGACUUAAUUAUCUACAGCGAAUUAGGCACUGUGACAGAGACCAUGGACAGGCUCCACGCAGAUACAGUGUGGAACAACUUAUCCUUUGUUCCUGCCAUCACAGUGAGUAUAGGGUACUAAGAAAGUAAAAUAUGAAUGGUCACACAAAUAUACAAUUCCAAACCAUUCAAGGGAAGCAUAUUAUGGGGGAAAAUUGAGAUUGUGAAUUUAG